CUGGUUUUUCUUUCUUCCAGAGAACUAAUAAACUGCUCCAUCCUGAAGCUGCUGUGAAGCUGUUACCAUGGCAACACUGACUUCAGAUCAGAAGAGGACUGAUUGUGAGGAGCAAGAGGAGGACAGUUCAGACUCUAAAGAGGAACCUCCACUCUUCAGUAAUGAACCCUCAGAUAAAGAGAACAGCUCGUCCAAAUAUAAUGACAUCAUCUCUAAAAGUGUUCUGAUCCAAUCAGGAUCUCCCGCUGUCUACCAGCUGAAACCAAAGAAAGAGAAUAUUGGAACUCUAACAAGAAUGACUCUUGGUGAAAAGAUGUGAACAAGACAAACAGAACCAUUUUACUUGUUGGUGAAACAGGAGCAGGAAAAUCUACUCUGAUCAACGCUCUGGUCAACUACACCAUGGGAGUGAAGUGGGAGGACAAUGUCUGGUUUCAGAUCGUAGAGGACGAGAAGAACGAGAAGGAGCAGAAGGAAGAAGGGGAGAGAAUUAAAUCAGAGAGUCAGACACCAGAUGUGAUUGUUUAUGAGAUCUUUGGUUUUGAAGAUAAAACUCUGUCCUACUCUCUGACCAUCAUCGAUACUCCUGGAUACGGAGAUACCAGAGGGAUCGAACAAGAUGACAUCAUCAGUCACAGAUUAUUCGACUUGUUCCGCUCAGAGGACGGAGUCCAUGAGAUCAAUGCAGUGGGUCUGGUGCUGAAAGCGACUGAGAAUCGACUCAGUGACAGAGUGAGGUACAUCUUUGAUUCAGUGAUGUCUCUGUUUGGAAAAGAUGUGGAGAAGAACAUUGUUGCCCUCAUCACUCACUCAGAUGGUCUGACAUUUAAAAAUGCCCUCCAAGCUCUAGAAGAUGCAAAAAUUAAAUAUGCCAAGAAUGACAAUAAGCCGGUUUAUUUCCAGUUCAACAACCACCAGAACAAACCGAAAACAGAGAUAGAUACAGCUGCUUUAAAAAGUGCAUGGAGCUUAACAACAGCAGGUAUGAGUCAAUUCACUGACUUUCUGAAAGACACUUCAUCUCAGAAGCUGAUAACAACUGUUGAAGUGUUGAAUUCACGAAUCAGACUGACAGCCUGCAUCCAAAACCUGAAAGAGAGAGUUGAGUUUAUUGAACUACAACAGAAAGAAAUCCAACAGACUGAGGAAGCUCUGAAGAAAUAUGAACAAGAGAUGAAGAACAAUGAGAAGUUCACUGUAGAAGUUGAUGAGGUCUACAAAGGUGAACAAUCUAUUGAUGGUGGGAUGUGGUGGAAGGUGUUUUAUGAAGGAGCUGUCUGCUGUACAGUCUGUGAAGAGAACUGUCACUAUCCUGGAUGUACAAUGGCCUGGAAACCAGGACACUGUGAGGUCAUGAAAGAUGGCCGCUGCACUGUUUGUACCAGGAAGUGUCCUGUAUCAGCUCAUGUGAAAGAAAAGUGGAUCUAUGUGAACAAGACAAGAAAAGUUCAGAAGACCUUAGAAGAAGUGAAAGUGAAGUAUGAAAAGAACAAGACAGAAAGUGAGAGCAGGUUGAACCUUUUGGAAACUCUAAAGAAGGAAACAGAAGAACUUCAGAAAGAUAAAGAUCAGUGGUUGGAAGAGUCCUUCCAGCAUGUUGUCAAACUGGAGCAGAUCGCCCUGAAUACUGAUUCACUGUCCACUCUUGUCCACUUGGACUUCCUGAUUGAGAAGAUGAAGGAGAAAGGAGACACAGUGAAGGUCCAGAAACUGGAAGAGAUGAAAAGACGAGUGGAUAAAGAUAAAGGAGCCCGGGCAGCGCUGAGUUACGGGUUCAGUAAACUAACAGCAGCUGGUAAAUCAGCAUUUAAAGAGCUGAUGAAGAACAGCUCGUCCAAAUAUAAUGACAUCAUCUCUAAAAGUGUUCUGAUCCAAUCAGGAUCUCCCGCUGUCUACCAGCUGAAACCAAAGAAAGAGAAGAUUGGAACUAUAACAAGAAUGACUCUUGGUGAAAAAGAUGUGAACAAGACAAACAGAACCAUUUUACUUGUUGGUGAAACAGGAGCAGGAAAAUCUACUCUGAUCAACGCUCUGGUCAACUACACCAUGGGAGUGAAGUGGGAGGACGAUGUCUGGUUUCAGAUCGUAGAGGACGAGAAGAGAAGGCAGUCAGAGAGUCAGACAUCAGAUGUGAUCGUUUAUCGGAUCUUUGGUUUUGAAGGUAAAACUCUGCCCUACUCUCUGACCAUCAUCGAUACUCCUGGAUACGGAGAUACCAGAGGGAUUGAACACGAUGUCAUCGUCAGUCACAAAUUAUUAGACUUGUUCCGCUCAGAGGACGGAGUCCAUGAGAUCAAUGCAGUGGGUCUGGUGCUGAAAGCGACUGAGAAUCGACUCAGUGACAGAGUGAGGUACAUCUUUGAUUCAGUGAUGUCUCUGUUUGGAAAAGAUGUGGAGAAGAACAUUGUUGCCCUCAUCACUCACUCAAAUGGAAUAAAACCUAAAAAUGCUCUGAAAACCCUCGAGGAUGCAAAAAUUGAGUUUGCCAAAGAUGAAAAGAAUCAGCCUGUUCACUUCCUGUUUGAUAACUGUCAGGAUGAAGACAGGACAGAGGACACAGAAUACUUUAAACAUGCAGAUACAAUAUCAACAAAAGGACUGAGACAGUUCACAGACUUUCUGGAAAAAAAUGAACCUCAACAACUGAAGACAACCGGGAACAAAAAAGACAUCACAGUACCAAGCCGACAACAAAGAAGCAUUAAAAAUACAGAAACAGAAACUGUCCCAUACAAAGCUACCCGCUGUACAUCCUGUCAGAAGAACUGUCAUUAUCCAUGUGGAUCCAGAGAGCCCUCAGAGUGUUUGAAGAUGGAAGAGGGCCACUGCACUUCAUGUAAGUGUCCUGAAUCAGAUCAUGUGACAGAAAAGAAGAUCUAUAAGGAGUAGACUAGAAGACCUGAAAGAUGAGAGUCGCAGAGAAGGUCCAUAAACUGGAAGAGAUGAAAAAUGACAAACUAUUAUCUAAAUAGUUGCCAAUCAGUCAAACCUGAACAUUAUUGAUCUGUUAAUGUAGAAUUUAUGUCUGAGCUGUUGUAUUGGACUGCAUUAGAUUUUACAGCUGUUCCUAAUAAAGUACCACUGAGUGCAUAUCUGCUAA